CCGCCUAUUCUUUAGGCUGGGUGAGUUGGAACUUUGCUGCAAGUCUGUUACUAAGUCUAAGUGUGUGUAGCGAGAACAACGUGCAACGUGUCGAGAGCUCAGACGCUGCUCGUCUUGAACUCGUUUAAGCUCAAUUUUAAGGGAAAGGUUCCAGAAAAUUCAGGGAUAACAACACAUAAUGUCGGCGGACCUAGCUAAGAAGCGCAAGGACAAGAGGAAGAAGAAAGCCAUAUUAGAGGCUUUGCAACAGGAAGAAUACCAAGAGGAACGGGCACAUGUCCAACAACUGGACGAAACCGAAGCAGAUUUCGUUGUUCAUCCUACCGACGAUUCAGAAGAUACCGUUCCCCUAUUGGAAGAAAGUGAUGGAAGCGGAGCCUGCGCGAAAAUCAUCUUUCUCGUCUUACUUUCGUCUUUGGGAUUGGCCGUUGGUGUGAUAUUUUUCGAAAUGGGUGGAAUUGAAACGUUAACUCGUCUUACAGACCCUGAGUCUAUCACCAAUGCCCCACCAGUGAAAUAUGAGCCUGCAGCUCCAUCAGUAGACGUUGCCUUUGACGACGACUUUGACAGAAUCGAUCCUUCCCCUAUAGAAUCAGAAUCUUUUAAGGAAGAUACCAUCAGUAUGGUAGAUGAACCUGUUGAAACUGCAAAAGCUUUGCCUGCAGAGGUCCCUGAAAUUGUCCCAGUGACUACUGCUGAAGUAGCAGAAGACAUCGUAAGGGAAAUAGAAACUGAAAUUGUCGAAGAACCAAAGAUCAAAGCUGCAGAAUCUGUGCCAGAACCCAUUGAAACAUCACCUGAAACGACCACUGAAAUUGUAGAAGAAACUGUUCAAGCCAGCGAAAACUUUGAGACGCAGUUGGAGGACGAGCCAGCUGAAGUUCCGCUAGAGUCAUUUACAAUGCGGGCAGAAAGAGAAGCCGUCCAGGCAGCAGUAGAUGAGGUGUGGGUUAUGACUGUGCGCUGCAUAGAGGAACUACGAGCCCUACAAGUUAUGGCUAGAUCGUCGCUAACUCACGCUGUCAUCGAUACAAUUAGUCAACGCCUAGAGCCUUUAAGGAGUCAACUGGAUGAACUGGUAAAGAGUACGUCAGACAGUGUUUUUGACGGCGCUCUGGAGCAAGCAGCUGAAUUGGAACGCAAUCUUAGAGCCGUACUAGGAGAGCUAGAUCAAGCCAGGAAUCAAGAUACUAUACUGGCUCAAGAGGCCGCCCAACAAGAACAGGAAACCGUUGAAGCAGCUCAGUUGGCAGAAGAGCCUGAAGAAGUGCAAGCUGAAGAAGAAACCGUGAGUGAAGAAGAAGCUCUUGACGAACCCGAAAUAGAAGUUGCACGCGAAGCGAACGUAGAAACUCUUCCUGCAGAGGAAGAGUUAGAAGUUGUUGUUGAGCCACAAGUAGAGACUCAUCCUGAACCGCAAGAAGAAACGGUUCUGAAAUCGGACACUGACACUGAUUUUGAGCCACCACAAGUAGAAUCCCUUCCCGAACAGGAAUUAGAAGUGAUUCCUGAACCACACGUAGACGAUCUUCCUGUACGGCAAGAAGAAACUGUCCACGAGCCAGAAGCCGAAGCCGCUACUGCAUUACCUGUAGAAGGCCUUCCUGAACCCAUUGUAGAAUUUAUCCCCGAGCCAAUCUCCGAAGCCGUUCCCGAACCCUCUUUAGAAUCUAUCCCCGAGCCAAUCGCCGAAGCCGUUCCCGAACCCUCUGUAGAAUCUUUCCCCGAGCCAAUCGUCGAAGCUGUUCCCGAACCCUCUGUAGAAUCUCUGUCCGAAUCCCAUGUAGAGGUUGUCCCUGAACCUGUUGCAGUGGAUUCGUGGAUCAAGCCAGUCGAAGACACUGUUUCCGAGCUAGAAACUGAACCUCUUCCCGAAUCACAGGUAGAAGCGGCCGCUGAACCAGAAGUUGCCGAUAUUCCUGUACCAGAAGUCACCGAGUCAGAAAUAGAGCUUAAAGAAGAAAAUGUGAUUGCUGUAGAACCCGAGCUUGAGAUCAGUGACGUCCAAGCCGAUCAACCAACUGUUCAGGUUGAAGAAGCUGUUUACGCUGAGACUAACGACGUGACUGAAGAAAUCAUUCCUGUGACUCAGACUGCGGAUGACCAAGUCGUUGAUGCUCCAGCUGCAGAAGACGUGAGCACUUCGUCCGAAGAAACUCAGUCUCCAUCUGAAGCUGAAGACAGGUUCGAUUCGGUAGAUGAAGCUGUCCAGGUGGCGACAGAAGCUUUUCUUGUUGAGGAGGAGCAAAGUGCUGCACCCGUAGCAGAACCAGUUACAAAUGUUCCUUCGAGAAUGCAAAAUCUGGAGGAGGCAGAUCGGCUUGUGGAUCAGGCUCCCCCAGCUGCCUAAAUAUCUUCUGUCUCAAAAAAAAAAAAAAAAAAAAAAAAAUCAUUCUUUUCCCUGACUUUGACUAGUGUCAUGUUUGUAGUAUUACUUUGAUCGUCUUAUUCGAUAUCAAACGAACCUUUGACAUUUUCUUUUGCCCUCUUUCUCAUAUAGAAAAAAAAUGGUGUGGGUGUGAGGUUGUUAUGAUAAUGACGCUUGCAGACGAAUGAUUAUUAUAUACUUUCAUGAGUUUUUGGGGCUUAUUUCUGUAAGGUUCGCGGAUUGUGUCUGAAAUUAAACUCUGAGUUUUAAAGAA